ACUUUUUAUUGGGAAUUAUUUAUUACUAUUAAUUUUAAAUCCACAUGCUUCCAGAAUCAAUGGAAUGGAGCCAUAGAAUCUAGAACAAAGCCUAAGCGAUGGUGUGAAGAUGCAUUCUUCAGGAAAAGGGCAACGAAGGAAAGAUGCCACCGCCUCUAUCUUCGAGGUUCUCUUCCCCUCUGAGCCAACCUCACUUCUGCGUUUUUCCUUCAACCGUUAAAUUCCUGCCUGAUAUUACAGCCACCGUCUCAGCCAAGAAAUCAACCCCAACCACCAUGGCCUUCUCUUCUUCAUCAUCGCCAUCGCCAUCUUUAGCCGACCCCAAAGAAGGCAAAAGUCCUAAACCAGACCCCCAAAAGCUAGCCCAAGUACUAAAAUACCACAACCAGACCAAACACUCCUUUACCAACUACGCCAGAGGCCCUCGCGGCCUCGACUGGGCUAACCAACCCAAUCCAUUUCGGCGUUACAUCUCUGCUCCCCUCAUUUCUCUCCUACAUUUUCCCACUGGCAAUGAGACCCCUUCUGUAUCAACUGCCGAUUCUGCUCCUUUAUACGAUUCUGUUUUUAAUUCUCUUCCUCCUCCAAAACCCAUCUCCAAAUCAUCGAUUUCUCAAUUUUUCUAUGAUUCUCUCGCUCUCUCUGCUUGGAAAACUACGGGCUUCUCUACUUGGUCUCUCCGGGUUAACCCGAGUAGCGGCAAUUUACACCCAACAGAAGCAUACAUUAUUGCCCCACCAAUCGAAUCUCUUUCUAAUUCUGCAUUUGUAGCGCAUUAUGCCCCGAAAGAGCAUUCUUUAGAGCUUAGAGCUGCAACGCCACCUGAUAUUUUCCCAAAAUUCUUUUCACAAAAUUCGUUUAUAAUUGGAAUUUCAUCUAUUUUCUGGCGCGAGGCGUGGAAAUAUGGAGAACGAGCGUUUCGCUACUGUAAUCACGAUGUGGGUCAUGCUAUUGCUGCUAUUGCAAUGGCUGCAGCUGGACUUGGAUGGGACGUCAAGUUGCUUGAUGGGCUAGGUUAUAAGGAGUUGGAGAGGUUAAUGGGGCUUGAAAUGCAUGAAGGGUUUCAUAUUCCAGAUACGACAAUUAAGGGGAAACUUCCAGAGAUUGAAUUUGAGCAUCCCGAUUGCUUGCUUCUUGUUUUUCCUAAUGGGACCAAUAACAUGAAUGUUAAUUAUAAGGAAUUGAGCUCGGCGAUAACGGAAUUUAGAAACUUGGAGUGGAAAGGGAAGCCAAAUUCGCUGAGCAAGGAACACGUCUGUUGGGAUAUUAUUUACAGAACUGCAGAGGCUGUCAAAAAGCCGUUAACUGUGCUAGAUAGGUUCUCGAUUGAUCCAUUUCAGGGUAGUGGCGUUUAUAGUGCAGGGUCUUACAAAGGUUUCACGAUAAGAGAAGUUGUGAGGAAGAGGAGGAGCGCUGUGGAUAUGGACGGCAUUACUAAAAUAGAUAGAGAAACAUUUUAUCAGAUUUUGUUACAUUGUCUUCCUUCGGGUUCUGGAAGUGGAGAAAACCAAAAGAGGCAGUUGGGAUUGCCAUUUCGGGCUCUUUCCUGGGAUGCUGAGGUGCAUGCUGCUUUAUUUGUGCAUAGGGUGACUGGGCUGCAAGAAGGGUUGUAUUUCUUGGUGAGAAAUGAAGAUCAUUUUGAUGAGCUCAAGAAAACUACAAGGGCUGGUUUUAAAUGGGAGAAACCAGAGGGAUGCCCUGAUGAUUUACCUUUGUAUGAACUUGCCAGGGGUGAUUGCCAGCAGAUUGCCAAACAGCUCUCCUGCCAUCAGGAUAUAGCAAGCGAUGGCUGCUUCAGCCUGGGCAUGGUGGCUCAUUUUGAACCUGCCUUGCAGGGCAAGGGCGUCUGGAUGUAUCCUCGACUGUUUUGGGAGACUGGAGUCCUUGGUCAGGUGUUGUACCUUGAAGCACAUGCAGUUGGCAUUUCAGCCACUGGCAUUGGUUGCUUCUUUGAUGAUCCUGUUCAUGAAGUUCUUGGAUUGGAAGGAUCAAACUUUCAGAGUUUAUAUCAUUUCACCGUUGGAGGUCCAGUAUUGGACAAGCGGAUAAUGAGCUUACCAGCUUAUCCUGGACCUGGUGUUGAUGCCUGAUUUCAAUAGUUUUACCUGGAUAAAGCAUAGCUUUGGGUGCAUUUAACCCGUCACAAAUGGUCUUCGUUGAAAAAUCUGAUUAUCUAUCGACUCCUUGGCCUGCCACAGCGCUUUUGUUAGCAUCUGUAAAUGCAAUUUGACUUGUACAGCUUAUGCUAGAGAGUUGGUAAAUAUUAGUGCCUCUGAUUGCAUCAGGGCUCUCAUGGACUUUUAUGAGAAUUUUAGAGUGGUAAAUAUAUAUAUUUUUUUAUUUUGAAA